AAAACUUAAUUUCUUGGAUAUCAGCGGAAUUCAAACCCAGUUUGGCUUGGAUCCCAAAGUUUUAGAUCCUUUCUUGUUCCACAAGAAACCUUUUUAAGAUCAAAAACAAACAUGUGAAAAGAAACAAGGAGAAGCAAAUAAGGUGAAGACAAAUGGACAAAGUCCAGCAACAAGCAGAUUUAAUCGGUAAGACGAUAUCUCCGUUUGUAGCUUCACAACCAACAAAUGUCGGAGGAUUAACUGAUCAGAAAAUCAUCGGCGGUUCUGAGACGACACAACCUCCAGCCACCUCACCUCCUUCUCCUCCAUCCCCCGACAGUGGCGGCGCACAAGCAUCUCCCCCGCCGGCAACAGCUGCUCAACCACCACCGAAUCAGCCUCCACCUCCAACGCCUCCUUCUUCCCCUCCACCUUCUAUAACUCCACCUCCUUCACCUCCUCAGCCUCAACCUCCGCCUCAAUCCACCCCAACUGGAGAUUCUCCGGUGGUGGUUCCUUUUCCAAAGCCUCAAUUCCCUCCUCCUUCUCUUCUUCCUCCUCCCUCCUUAGUUAAUCAGCUACCGGAUCCAAGAACCAAUGAUGAUAACAUACUUCAACCCAUCAACAACCCUAUUUCUCCUCCGUCUCCGCCUUCUACUCCCUUUUCGCCACCGUCUCUGGAAAAUUCCGGCAGUCAAGGGUCUCCCCCAUUGUCAUCUUUAUUGCCUCCGUUGCUUCCCCUAAGCCCUAAUUCUCCUGGAAACCCUUCACAACCCUUGGACUCACCCCCGGGAGGAGGAUCAAAUCGUGUACCCUCGUCGUCCUCUUCCCCGUCUCCUCCUUCCCUCUCCGGCUCCAAUAACCAUUCCGGAGGCUCUAAUAGACAUAAUGCCAAUAAUAACGGAAAUGAUGGUAAUGGCCAACAAAGUAAUGAGUCUAAUUACACCCAGAAGACAAUGAUUGGUAUUGGGAUCGCAGGUGUGUUGGCCGUAAUUUUUAUCGCUGCCAUUUUCUUCAUUAGGAGGAAACAAAAGAAAGGUUCUUCUUCGCCGCGCUCUAACCAGUAUUUGCCACCGGCUAAUGUCUCUGUAAAUACAGAGGGAUUCAUCCAUUACAGACAGAAACCCGGAAAUGGGAACAGCUCGGCACAGAACUCUUCACCGGAUACUAACAGUCUUGGGAACCCAAAACAUGGUAGAGGAACCCCUGAUUCCGCAGUAAUAGGGACUUCAAAGAUCCUUUUCACCUACGAAGAGCUAAGCCAGAUAACUGAAGGAUUUUGCAAGAGCUUUGUGGUAGGAGAAGGCGGGUUCGGGUGUGUCUACAAGGGGAUCCUUUUCGAGGGAAAGCCAGUAGCGAUCAAACAGCUAAAGUCGGUCAGCCCAGAAGGAUAUAGAGAGUUCAAAGCUGAAGUAGAGAUAAUAAGCAGAGUGCAUCAUAGGCACUUGGUGUCUCUUGUGGGUUAUUGCAUCUCUGAACAACACAGAUUCCUCAUCUAUGAGUUUGUCCCCAACAAUACUUUGGAUUACCAUUUACAUGGCAAAAACUUACCGGUUUUGGAAUGGACUAGAAGAGUCAGGAUUGCAAUAGGUGCAGCCAAAGGACUUGCUUAUCUACAUGAAGAUUGUCAUCCAAAGAUUAUCCAUAGGGACAUCAAAUCGUCAAACAUUCUGUUGGAUGAUGAAUUCGAAGCUCAGGUUGCAGAUUUUGGACUCGCAAGACUGAACGAUACUGCACAGUCACACAUAUCAACGCGUGUCAUGGGCACAUUUGGGUAUUUAGCACCAGAAUAUGCGUCAAGCGGAAAGCUAACGGAUAGAUCAGAUGUGUUUUCAUUUGGAGUUGUGCUUCUCGAACUCAUCACCGGUCGCAAACCUGUUGAUACCUCUCAACCUUUGGGUGAAGAAAGUUUAGUCGAAUGGGCACGUCCACGGCUAAUCGAGGCCAUUGAAAAAGGUGACAUCAGCGAAGUAGUGGAUCCACGGCUAGAGAAUGAUUACGUCGAAGGUGAAGUCUAUAGGAUGAUCGAAACGGCAGCGUCUUGUGUUAGACAUUCAGCUCUUAAACGACCUCGUAUGGUUCAGGUUGUAAGAGCUCUGGACACGAGAGAUGACUUGUCGGAUCUGACAAACGGAGUUAAAGUGGGUCAAAGUACGGUCUAUGACUCGGGUCAAUACAGUAAUGAGAUUCGAAUUUUCAGACGAGCCUCUGAAGAUUCCUCGGAUCUUGGUACUAAUACUGGUUACUACCCUAGCCAAGACUACGCUACGAGCCAUGAAUCUGAGAGCCGAGCCUUCAACACAAGUCACCGGAACCACUAAUUAAACUCAACUUGUUGUGUUUUGUUAUUCUGGGUUCUCUUUAGAAUUAUAUUUGUGAAAGAUCUUAAUGAAAAUCCGAUGAUAAA